UAUUCUAUCUUUGUUCUCACUUUUUCUGUCAUCUAGUCAACAAAACAUUACCAAUAUAAUUUCAUUCUUUUGGUAAAAAAAAAAAGUUGUUUAGAAAAACAAUACUGAAGUCCCAUCCAGAGCUGCAUUCAGAGUUUGUUGGUUUCCUGUAGGUCUCAUGGUGAAGUCUCUCAUCUCACUGUAGCAGUCUGCUUGCCUGCCUGUUCGUCUCCUUUUGGUCCUUCUGCCAUCUUCUGGGAUAAGAGGUCGGAGAAGGACCUGCCACAUAGCCAGUGACUGCCCAGAGCAGUGGUCCGCUCUCGACCAGUGAUUGGCUGAGCGGGCAGGUUGUGCUCCAGCCGCUAGCCUCAGAAGCAGGAAGAAGAGACGAGAUUAGGAGCUGAAGGGGGACCUGGUUCUGUGGCAUUCCAAGUGACAGCAAGCUGAACUACCGCGACGACACUGAAUAUGAAUGGAGGAAAACAAAUGUUGCUGUAUGAUGUUAUAUGCAGGAUUUUACUACAAAUGUAGAGUUAUGUAGUGUCGGGAAAGGUAAAUAUAGUGUAAAUAUCCUCAUAAGAACAUAUGAUUCCUUCGUCUCCAGGUCUCCAUCGUCACAUCUCAUGAACAUCACUCCACCUACAGAAUUAUUUCUUUUCAGCCUCUCAGAUGCCCCUGAACUCCGUCUUCCACUCUUCGUAUUCUUUCUCCUUAUUUAUCUGAUCACCGUUUCAGGAAACGCCAUGAUGUUGAGUGUCAUCGCAGUCAAUCCCCGUCUUCAUUCUCCCAUGUAUCAGCUCUUGUGGAGCUUCUCCCUUAUGGACUUCUUGUUUUCCUCCACCACCGUCCCCAGUAUGUUGGCUACAAUGUUAUACCAGAAAACGGUCAUCUCCCUCCGAUCCUGCAUUGCUCAGAUCUUUUUCUUCCAUGCCUUCGGGAAUAGUGAGAACUUGUUAUUGUCUGUGAUGGCUUAUGACCGAUAUGCCGCUAUAUGUCAUCCGCUGAGAUAUUCGACAAUCAUGAAUUGGCACAUGUGUGUGAUCUUGUCUUCCACAUGCUGUGCCUGUGCAUCUCUACACGCUUUCCUCCAUGCUAUGGUGACGUCUCUGUUGGACUUUCAUUACCAAGCUCAUAUUCCUCAUCUAUUCUGUGACAUCCCUCCACUGCUGGAGAUAUCUACCUCUGACACAUCCCUCAACCAACUUCUGAUCUUCACUGAAGGCUCCUUGGUGGCCCUGGUCCCUUCUUCCCUCACUGUCCUUUCCUAUAUUCGUAUUACUAUGGCCAUUCUUCGUAUACACUCAUCUACAGGUAGACAGAAGGCCUUUUCCACCUGUGCAUCCCAUCUUAUGGUUUUCUUCCUCUUUUCCGCUUCGGCGGUCUCCAUGUAUUUCAGACCAUCAUCUGUUUUAUCACCUCACAAGGGUAAAUUUGUCACCCUCAUGUAUACCACGUUGACUCCAAUGUUCAAUCCAUUCAUAUACUGCCUAAGAAACAGUGAAGUGAAGACUGCACUCAAGAAGUGGUUGCCUGAAAAGAAAUAA